CGGACGGGCUUAACCGACGAGACAAAGUCGUGACAUGAACGUUUUUGUUGCCGAAGAAGAUAUUCGUCGAAUUGUGAAAGGAAAUCAAUCUGAGCCGGCCAGUGCACGAUACGAAAAAUGGAUCUGGUGUGGCUUCGACCAGCGAAGAAGCCAGUGCGCCCCUGGGACAUCGAGGACCUGUCGUCGCCAGCCAGGAGAGUACUGCAGCACCUUGAAAGGAGGUUUCCGCCUCGGAACCCCGUUUGUAUCGCAUCUGCUUAUCAGCCUGCAACCAGGUACCAUGACUCGCCGGUGCCUUUCUUCGGCCUCUCGGCUCCGCCUCAGUCUCAGGGCAGAAACACUUUCAAUUUCUUCAGCCAGAGGGCACAUGCAGAGGCAGUCAGUCGGGGCGAACCUCUCUUUAGGCCUGGACGCUGUCCUACAGAUGUUGAAAACUAUCCCUGCAGUCGUCAACCAGAUGACCCUUCACGCAAUGACUGGCCUCCCUAUCACAGUGUGGUGAACGCACACCAGGGCUUCCCUACCAUGCAGCUCAGUCAGCAACGGCAAGAGGGGGUUUUCGUUCCACGGAAUAUUUUGACGAAUCUUGAGAGACCAUCUACGGAGGAAAAUCCAGGAAACACAGAGGGGCAAUCUGAAGCUUGUGGAUCGGGACUGGGAAAUGUUUCUAUACUGGACAUUUCAAUAGAUCAACGCAGUUCAGCUAAUCCGGACAAUAGCCCUCCUAUUUCCAAUUAUGAUGCAUUUGACGAUGAACUAUUGAAUAGUUUCCCAGCAAUUAAUGCCACCCACAGUCCUCCUAUUUCUUGUCAUGAUUUUGCUGAAAGUAGAUCAAACCUGGAGAGAGAAUCGUCUGAAGAAACAAUUGAAGACAUUGUGAGGCAACCUGAAGCUUGUGGAUUGAAAGAUGGAAAUGUUACUCCUUUGGCAGACAUUUCCAUGGAUCUACGCAGUUUAGCUGGUCCCCACAAUAGCCCUCCUUUCUCCGAAAAAGAUAUGUUCGAUGAAGAUAUAAUCAACGAUGGCUCCCCAGUGAUACCUUUGAUCAGCAGCCCUCCUUUUAGCAGCUUUGAUAAUUUUGAAGAAGAGGGAGUGAGAAACUUCCACAAUGUCAGUCCUCUUUGUCCUGAACUACAAGCUCUUGAAGAUGAUAAAGAAAACUUUAGGAGAUCAGGGAGUGACAGAUUUAAUAACACUGGUGAACUCGAGGAACAUAUUGAAUGCAUUAUUAGGAUGGAGCAGAAAGGAAAUGAUGAUGUAAGUUCACCUUUGAAAGACAUCACCCGAAGUCUGAAUGAAACAAAUUGUUCAAAUGUCAAGAAAACAGCGAAUGAGGGAAGCUUGCUAUUUGCAAAGGAAAAGCCCUCAAUGGGAUGUGAGUCACCUCAAAUUGAUCAAAGGCAUUUGAGGGCAAUGUCACACUCCAGUUUCACCCAAAGCCCAAGUUCAGUCCACAUGCUACAUAUGGAUAGUGCUCCUGCUUUCUCACCUCAGACAAGCAAAGGACCUUUAGAAACUGACUUCAGCUUUGAUGAUAUCUUUGAUCCUUCUGGUCAAAAUAAUAUACUAGAAGAGAACAACUUGCAAUAUAAGUCUCCGAUCAUGGCUAAAAACCAAUCCUCUAGCAGACAAAUCACUCCUGGCAGCAAAAAUAGGAAGAAAUUCUUAGGAACUCCUUUUCAACGAGCACUUAGUUCAAAUAGUUUAAUAACUGCAGUUGUUUCUGAAGAUAUACCUCUUACAACCAUAGAAACUCCAAAUAAAAUUAAUGAAAAUAAGUCCAUUGGAACUGAACACAUCUCUCCCACAAUGAAUCAGAACAAUGAAUCUUUUCCCCUGAUCCAAAACAAUAUUGCAAAUGAAAAAGCCUCAGCAAAGCCACCAUCUCCUUUGUUCCCAAUUUUCAACGUUCAAAGGAAAAGAAAAAAUGUUCUAACUGAAAAUUUAGUUUCCCAGCCUACAACUUCUUGUAAGAAGAAACUCAAAUUUGUGGUGCCUUUCAAAAAGAAGGAGCAGGAUGUUAAGGGACCCUCAUCACUUAAAGAUAUCCAAGCUCUUUCUCUGAAGUUGUCGAAAGAGGUAAAUUCAAGGCAAUUGAAGAUGCAGAACCUCACUGAAAUAUUGGCUCAUGAUAUCAGGCAAAAAGUAAUAUUGGAUCCACCUCAAGAAAUGUCAAUGACUCUUCAGUACAGAGGAGGCUUUUGCCAACUAAAUCGGCCAGGCACAAGUGGGACCCUGUCCCCAGAAAGUGUUCUUGUUCGAAUUAUGUGGUCUUCUGACAUAAAAUUCAUCUCAAUACCUGUACAAAAAUAUUCCUGGUCUUCAGACUUAGUUAAAACCUUAUUUAGUGACAAAGGUAGAAAAGUCUGUUUUGAAGCUCAAACAAUGAUUCAACUUAUGGUAGACAAGUUUGGCUUCAACGCAAGUGAAGUUUCUUCGCAAUGGAUUAUUUUGGACCCUUUAAUUGGAUGUUGGCUGUUAAAUCCAGAUAAACCACCUCAGACGUUUAAAGAUGUCUUGAGCAUGAUGAAGAUAUCUGAGGAAAUGGGAGGAAUUGAAAUUCUACUCAGCAAGCUGUCAGAAUGUGCUAAGGUUUUGUAUGAACACCUUACGAAGAGAGGAUUAUGGAAACUCUUCCUGCAUAUAGAGAUGCGCAUAACUCCAAUCCUAGCAUGUAUGGAAUUACAUGGUAUUCAAGUAGAUGUAAAUAAAUUUCAAGAUAUGGGAAACCUACUGAGGGUCCGUCUAGAGGAUGUACAAAAGAUGGCUUAUAAGGCAGCUGGACGACAAUUCCAGUUGACAUCUCCACAACAGUUAGGACAUGUCUUAUAUGACCACCUAAAAUUAGAUAUGAAACAUAACAUUAGUGUGAAAGAAACUGACAAGAAGCACAAUAAAAGUACUUCUGAACCCACGCUCAUCAAGUUUAAGGAUGUGCAUCCACUGCCGGGUGUAAUGCUUGAGUUUCGACGUUUGCACAAACUUAAGAGUACAUAUGUGGAUGCUAUAUUAGGUCAUGUUUCAGAAAAUAGGAUUUACAGUUCAUGGGACCAGACAUCAGCUGCAACAGGGAGAAUAACUUCAAGCGAUCCAAAUCUCCAAACUAUUCCAAAGCAGCCUCUGAUGCCAGAUCAGCCGGACUUACUACUUCGGACUGCGUUUGUGGCAAGGAAAGGAUAUUCCUUUUUAACAGCUGAUUUCCAACAUAUAGAGCUUAGAGUGUUUGCUCAUCUGUCCAAAGAUACCGCCUUGAUCAGAGCUUUAAGUCAAUCCACAGAUGUGUUCAAAAUACUGAGUCAGCACUGGCUUCAAAUCGAAGACAUCUCAAAAGUUAGUGAGGAGGACCGGGAUAAAACAAAACGGAUAAUGUAUUCUCUGAUGUAUGGAGCAGGUGCAUCCAAACUUGUCGAAUUCCUUCACAUUGACUACAAUCAAGCCUCCAAAAUACUUCAGAAGUUUGCAGGAACUUUUCCUAAGAUGGAGGACUUUACUAAGUCUGUUGUGAGAGACUGUCGCAAACAGGGCUACCUCACAACUGAAACUGGAAGAAUCCGAUUAUUUCCUAAUAUUAAUAGCCCUAAUUUCCAGAUUCGAAUGCACAGUGAGAGGCAGGCAGUGAAUUUCCUUGUUCAAGGAACUGCUGCAGAUCUAUGCAAGUGUGCCAUGGUGCAAACACAAAGGUUUCUGACUGGAAUAGGAUCCCAGAAACGUAUUCCACAGGCGUGUCUCCUCCUCCAAAUCCAUGACGAGCUCCUGUGGGAGAUUCCUGAUGCUGAUGUCAUGGAUGCUGCAGAUGUAGUUCAAACAGCUAUGGAAGGAGCAACAUCAGUAUUUCAAGGCUUAUCAAAUUUUUCAGUUCCCUUACCAGUAGUAAUGAAAAUUGGAAAAAGUUGGGGGGACUUGAAAAUUGUAAAGAAUACAUCAUUGGGCACAGCUAGUCAACUACCAUGAAGCUAGUUAAUAAUAUUUGGAAUUCGUAUUAUUAGCAA